AUGUCCUCCUUCUUCAACCUCUUCAAGAAGCGGAAGGCACCACUCGCUUGCGUAAUGUCCAUGGAUCAAGGCCAUACGCACACUCAGGCCUGCUUCGUGGACAUCAUGCCCCUUUCGGUCGUGGAGCUCUUUCAGUCUCAGGGUUGUGCGUCCUGCCCACCAGCCGUCCCACGCAUCCAGGAUGCGACGAACAAUCCAAACCUCCUGCUUCUCACGUAUGACGUGACCUAUUGGAACCCAUCCAGCGGGUGGGAAGAUACCUUCGGCUCGACACAAUGGGAUUCGCGACAACGCCAGUACCUGACCCAAUGGGGAAGAAAGAGUCUCUUCACACCGCAGAUCGUCGUCGAUGGCGUCACCGACGGAAUUGGUGCAACAAAGGAUGAUAUUGACCAGGUCGUCAUGAAAGCGAUGGAACUGCGAAAUGGGAUGACUUGGGCCCUUGGCAUUGACCGAGUCGGAAACGACCUGAGGCUCGCGGCCGAGGCUCCAGAAGCGGACAUGGUGUACGAUGUGUUGAUAGUCAAGUAUGAUCCCGUGCUUCAGACUGUCAAGCCUCGUGCUGGCCCGAAUAAGUCGAAGAAGAUCCCCCACCGCAACGUUGUCAAAGAGCUGAUGAAGAUUGGGGAGUGGAGUGGCGGCAUUUCGAGAGUUGCAUUGCCAAAUUUCAAAGAGGACGGAUUCGAAAGAGUUGCCCUGGUGCAGGGAGGCGUUGGAGGUCCGAUCAUCGCUGCUCUGAAAUUGUAG